CGGUGAGUGACAAUAUUUUUGUUAAAAAGAGAGGAUUCACAACUAUGGUAUCAAUUAAAAGCGCUACAUAUCCUCCACAGAGAACAACCUAAACAGCUUGUGUUUAUCAUGCUUGAAACUUUUUGACAUGGUCCUUGGUCAAAUCCAUUUUGAUAAGAACUGCCAGUCAGCCUUCAUUUUAGAAGUGUUAUUCAGAGACAAACAGCUCAAAAUCUAAAGGGAAAUCAUCUCACACGUGGGUAACAGGUGGGCGUGGCGGCGUGGCAAAGUGACCUGUAACGCCGUUGCCAUACGUUUGGCUCUGAAUUCCACAUGUUUUGACUGAGCUGCACCAAACUUUCAGGUGCCAAAUUGGAUUUCUGUUUUAGACACAGCUCCAAAUUUCACAUAUUUACUCUGAAUCCUUUGUAUUCUCGCUCUAAGCUGCUGUAAAAUAAUCUACCUCGAGAUGCAAUAAAAGAUUUGUGUUUUAGGAAAACGUACUACCAUUAACUGGCAGUGUGGGAACCAUAAAAGUUCACUCUUUCUGAGCCAAAACGCUGACUGUUGAACAGAAUAUUUGAAUGACGAGUCUGCCCUCCAGUGGCUAAAACAAAAACCGCAAGACUUAGUUAAAUCUAGAGCGGUGUUUUAUUUAUUUUUUUCUUAUAAAAUACAUUGUUAGACAUUUAUAAAUAUAUUGGACACACAGAUACCUUUUUUCUUCAGAAAUUUAACUAGGUAAAAACUGCAUGCCACGUUUAUGAUAAGACUUUAAAUAAGAUUCCACGAAAUGUUGAAGAAUAUAAAAAAGAAACAUAUAAGAAAUAAUUACAGUGAGUAAUUCAGAGUAGAAGAUACGCACUAAGAAGAAAAAUCAACAUCAGCCGUAACAUAAGUGAUCCUACAGGUUCUUUGUUUACUUGUCUCCCAAAAACUACAACUCCCAUAAUACAAGAGCCGCUUGAGUAAUCCCUGAGACUUUAGCUGCCUGUCCCGACGUUUGAGACGUCGUUAUGUUUGUUCAGUGUUUUUGCAGCAAUUCAUCGAUGCACUGUUGACAAACUGUUUUCCACAUCAGUGAGGACCAAACAGCUCGCUCCGCAGUCCACUAGUAAAUCUUGAGGUCGACACCAUGGGGACCAGGAGAGUGCUGGUUACUGGUUGCUCCUCUGGUAUUGGCUUGGCUGUGGCAGUACGCUUGGCCAAGGAUGAGACCAAACGGUUUAAAGUAGUUGCCACAAUGAGGGAUCUGGAUAAACGUGGCCCUUUGGAAAAAGCAGCAGGUGAUUUAUUAAAUAAAACCCUGGUGAUCAAAAAGUUGGAUGCCUGCUGUGAAGAAUCCAUCAAAGAGUGCAUCAACAGCAUCCCUAACCGACAAGUGGAUGUCCUCGUGAACAACGCGGGCAUUGGCAUGAUUGGACCACUGGAGUGCCAAAGUAUUACCUCAAUGAAAGAGCUCUUUGAAGUAAACUUCUUUGGCCUGGUGCGACUGGUGAAAGAGGUACUGCCAGACAUGAAGCAAAGGCAGAGCGGCCAUAUUGUGGUGAUGAGCAGUGUUAUGGGAAUACAAGGGCUUCUGUUCAAUGACAUCUACUCUGCAUCCAAGUUUGCUGUGGAAGGAUUUUGUGAAAGUGUGGCAGUGCAAGCAAUGAAAUUCAACAUCAAGACUACACUGGUGGAACCUGGUCCUGUGAUGACAGAGUUUGAAAGAAAAGUGUAUGAGGAUGCAGAGAACAUAGAUCUGUCUGAGACAGAUGAGGAGACGGCCAGGAUCUUCCGUGACAUUUAUCUUCCAUACUCUAGAAAGGUCUUCACAACAUUAGGCCAGACACCAGAGGAUGUGGCAGAGCAAACACAAAAAGUGAUUACAGCCAAGGAGCCUCCUCUACGGCACCAGACCAACCGACUCUACAUGCCCAUGACUGCACUAAAGCAUGCAGAUCCCACUGGCAGACUUCCUCUGGAAGCUUUCUAUAAAAUGGUCUUUAAACAUGAUGCUGUUUUUAAUGCCACAUUGGGGAUUCUGCGCAUGAUGAAUCGGAGGAAGGGGAACAAAUAAUCAUUUAAUGAAAGUAGAUGCAAUAGUUGAUCAGGGUCACUGCAGUUAUUCUUUCUUUAUGUUUAACAAUCAAAUACUAAAUUUCUGACAAGUUGUAAAAAAUAGAUCUUUUAUUAGCUUUGUUACUCUUUAAAAGAGGAUUUAAUGAUUUUUCUUUUUUUCAACAUAUAGACUGGAUGUAUGUGAUCCUUUAACUUUGUUUGAUUUUGAUCAUUAGAAACUCAGGUGAUUUUUUUUCCCCUUAAUCCUUCAAAGCCUGAUAGAAGAAAUUGUUCUAUACUUUUAAAAUCUGUACUGUCUAUUAUAUGCUUUUGUCAAUUUGCGUCUAUUUAAAUAUUCCUAUUUUAUGUUAUUGCAUUGAUAAAUUAUUUCUUGAAAACUGGUAAUUAUUGUAAAGACAUAAAUGUUAAGUUCUUAUCAAAGUUGAGGAAAUUAUUUCAGUAUAUAUUACCAUUUUAUUUUAGUAUUUAAAGUAAAAACUGCUUUAAUCACAAUUGAUUAGGGUUCUACAGAAUAUUUAUUGAUGCUUAAUUUAAACCCUGGUUUAUGACUAAUCAAAAAAAAUAAAGUUCUAAAAUAAAUUUAUUUUUUUUUUACAAUUAAAUUCUGUACCAUUAAAAAAAUUAUUUCUAAGGUAAACAAAAGUGGUGCAAAAGGGCACAAGAUCAGCCUAGAAUUAAGAAAACAGUUUUUUAAAAUUAAAAGUAAAAUAUUUAUAAAAGAAAAGAAAAGGUCAACAUAUUAGAAACAUUUAUCUCGAUAUAUAUGUGGAGCAUCAUGGAGUUAAAUUCUAGAAAAAGUUCUUUCUGGGACAUAAAGAAUAAUUUUGAGUGAAAUAUAAUAUCCACACAGUUAUAUUAUUACAUUAUAUCAGAUCAGUUUACUGUGAUAAAAUUUGUAUUUCUCUCAGAUGGCUUGAGGAUUGUUUAGAACAUCUCUAAAAUGUACGUCAGCACAUUUUCAAUCUCAGCCUAAAUCUGGAUGAGUUUCCAUUGUGUGUUUUCUAAGUAAAAAAUAUUAAUGCACAGUAUAUUUCACAGACUGUUAAAUGGAGGAAAGUUUUACAAUGUUAGCAAUGUGUUACAUUUGAAAGAAAAGAGAUCAUUUUAAAAAGGGCAAUG